AUGCAUACAACGUAUUGGACACUACAGAGCUUUGAGGAAAGAUUACAGCAUCUAUUCUUCAUAUGAGCAGAAGCAUAGCUGAUAUGGCAGAAGGGUGGCAUGUUUUUGUGGUAUUAGUUUAGAAUUCAUUUUACAGAUAGACCAACAGAGCACCUACUAAGUACUAAUAGCUAUAAUUACUUAACUGAAUAAUUGGGACAAACAUUUUAAGAAUAAUUUGAACAAAAUCCAAGAUGGAUCAAGCCAAUCAAGCUACCAAUGCCAACUACCUCUUAGAACCUAAAAAGGAAAUUUUAGAUGACCCAGAGACAUGCGGUGAUAGUAAUCUGUCCAAGAACAUUGUAUCCAAAGAAGAUUUAUUUAACACUAGUGUACCCUUGGAUACUGCAGAGGUAGACCAACAAACUGUCAAUAUAAUGCCGAUUAACAUUGAAACUGUUCUAAGCAAAGAAAUUGCUAUGUAUCAAAAAGCUCUUAAAUCAGAAGAUAUGGAAACAACUGUUUGUGAAAUUGAGCGGAUGGGAAGUAUUAUAAAGACACAUAUAAAAUGUGAGCCUUCUCAAGCUGAAGCAAGUUUGGACACUAGCAGAUCAGUCAUUGACAAACGAACAGUUACUUCCUCAAACAAACACAGUUCCAGUACAAGUUCACAUGGACAAAAGGGAAAGCGGGUGCCGCUUACCCCACCUGCCAAAAUUCCCCAACCGUGGGAACGUGUUCAUGAAACGGAAGCUGUGGCGGGCAUGGCGAGGCAACGAGGCGAGCCUCCCACCAUCACUGAGCCUUUACCGGAAACGGCCGAGGAUGACGAAAUCAUUGAGGGCUCGCCUCCCCAUAAUCACUCCAUGCCAUCCAUGGAUCAUGGGUUAGAAACGGCCGAGGAUGACGAAAUCAUUGAGGGCUCGCCUCCCCAUAAUCACUCCAUGCCAUCCAUGGAUCAUGGGUUAGGCAUCCCGAAAAUCCCAAUGGAGGAGGGCACACUUCAACCUUGUACUCCUCCAGAAAGUACUUCCUCACUAGGAACGCCGCCUCAAGCGAAGAAACGGAAGUUACUAUUCACGCCGUCCACAGGGAUAAUUCCGGCAUUGGAGGCGCCUGUUAACCCUGUGGCGGUCCAGAUAGAGUUUUUGGAAUUUGCACCUGAGUCUACCACUUCAGCAAUGCCAGGAUCUGGAAGAAGUGCCGCAUCAUACGAGAUCGGAGUCGACGGUAAUGUCGAUGAGGAAAUUGACGACAACGUUGGAAGCGACAUUGACGAAGACGCUGACGUCGAUGACCUCAUCGACAUUUCAGUGCGGCAGCGGAACGUCUUCGAAUUCCCCACGGAGUUCGAUGGUUCCGAGGAUCCUGGCCUUGUGGAAGCGGUGCACGAACUGGACGCUGAAAAUGAUGUUCGUCUUCGGGCUCUGACUGAGUCCGAAGACUUCCUUAACUUUGAUUGGCGGGGCAAUGCUGAUAACUUCAAAGGAGUUAGGGAAGAGUUUAUCGGGCCCUCUGGCCCAACUUUUGAUAUCUCUGGGCUAACUCCUUUGGAGAUAUUUGAACAAAUUUGGGAUACCAAUAUCGUAGCUCACAUUGUCCGCGAAACCAACAAAUAUGGGCGCCAAUUGCAGCUUAAUAAUGCCUCAAAGCUCAGCUCCAGAUUAAGUCGGUGGAAAGACACCACAGAAGACGAAAUCUGGACGUUUUUUGGUAUUAUUAUGCUGCAAUCUCUCGUUGUAAACAAUGUUGAGCGGGAAUACUGGUAUCCCAAAUUGGAAGAGCUCCGAGUUGGGAAUUUCGGGGAGCUCAUGGGUUACAACCGCUUCCUACUUUUAAAAAGAUGUCUACACUUCGUAGACAACACCUCCUUGCCCGCUCAUACCAACAAACUCCACAAAAUCAUGCCGGUAAUUGAGCAUCUCAAUCAAAAAUUCAGCUCUUUAUACCUGCCUGAGCAAAAUGUGGCAAUUGACGAGUCGCUCCUUUUAUGGAAAGGGCGACUCUCGUUCGCACAGUUGAUUGCCACAAAACGGGCUAGGGUCGGUAUAAAGAGCUAUGAAUUGUGCGAGUCAAGAACCGGCUAUCUGUGGAACAUGGAGGUGUAUACGGGCAAGGCGCACGUCCACGCGCCGCAAGACGCACCACAAGAAGCGGAUGUAACCCGUGAGGUUGAGGAUGAGCGGGGGAGUGCCACGUCUCAAAUUGUACUUACUCUGAUGAGACCCUUGUUCAAUAGAGGCCAUACUCUGGUUAUGGAUAAUUUUUAUAACGCGCCUCUUUUGUCAAGGCUUUUAAAGGCUAAAUACAAAACCGAUACGAUGGGCACUCUUCGGCUGAACAGGGACUUUGUCCCUGAGUCCCUAAAAGGGAAGAAUAAAAAUAAUAUGAAGGCGGGAGAGGUUUGUUUUAGCACAACCAAAGAUUUGAGUGUGGUUGUGUGGAUGGAUAAGAACGUGGUGGCCAUGCUCUCUACGUAUCACGACAUCAAGGUCGGCGGAAAAGAAAAGUACGGCUACUUCAGGUACAAGCCUGAAGUAGUCUUGGACUAUAACCUCUCCAUGGGCGGCAUAGAUCAUAAAGAUCAAAUGCUUCACGCCUACCCCGUGGAGAGGGUGCGCAACAUGGUCUGGUACAAAAAACUUUUCCGCCGACUUUUGAACGUCUCGAUACACAAUGCGUACGUAAUCUAUACACACGACCACACUCAAAUCGGAAAUAGGGAUUUCCGAUUGCAGUUGGCACAUCAAAUACUGCAGAAGCACAAACCAACAGCCGUGCCUCGACCACCAGCGCGACCACCAGCGCAACCAGCCACGCCGCCAGAAAUGCAUUUGCCAUUAAAAAAUGUGCGAGCGCAGCGAUGCAAGUUGUGCCACGCUGCCAAAGUGCGCCGAACGACGGUGUGGAGGUGUGGCACCUGUGACGUCAACUUAUGCAUUGAGGGAUGCUACAGUGCUUACCACACAAGCAAUAGGUACAUUAAGUGAUGAUGCAGUCUAAGAUGGCGGCGGGCUAACCUGGAAGGGGCACGGCAGUGUUGUGCUUCAACUUGUAAUGCGGUAAUUCUUACAUUCCUCAUUUUAAUUGCAUUCUUAUAGAGAAUUGUUAAAAUAACCUCUAAUUCUUUGUUUACCUUUUCGAAUGUCAGUUGUCAUUUUUCCAAAAUGUAACUCUUUUUAGUGAAAAUUUAAACCUCUCUCGCCAUUAGGAGUAAAAUAUUAAUCAUUUUCCAACAAGAAAAUGAUUAAAAUUUUAACCCAAAAUUUUCUUCUUGCAGCUCUUCCCUCCUUGCUCCGCCGUUUUGACAAUUUGUGAUAAUUUUCUUAAUUUAUUGUCAUGAUCUCGUGAGUGGCCAUGUGGCUCAGUUUACUCUAAGUAUUUUUUAACUUUAAAUUUUUGUAAUGAGUAUCCUAUAUAUAAAUUAAGAUAAGGCGAAGAACGAAGGGACGUUAUUAUAUAUUUUCGUAUUUUUUUUUGUAGAUAAAACAUCUGAUAAAAUUCUGGAAACUUCAUAAAUUUAUUUUAAAUUCUAAAUAUAAUUCUUUGAUUUUAUUCACCAAUAUAUUACAUUUGUCGGCUCGAACAGAGAGACCACGGCUAGGUAGGCCAAAUCCCUGCCUUGAGAUUAAAAGUUCAAGCUUCGGCAAGACUAUCCGAGCGUAUUUAUAUCCGGCUGGCUGGCGCCCGAAGGUUUUCUUGUAUUUUAGGGGAAGACCAUCCUCCUCCCCUUUCUAUUUUGUCAGCUGGAAGAAAGAAUUCAUAUUUUUUAUUAACUUAACUUAAUUUACAUUACCAUUCUUUAAUUUUAACAACAACUUUUUUUUUAAAUUUU